AUGAACGACACAUUAGCUCGUCGUGAUGAUACGACUUGCGAGGGGUCGAAACAGUGGUAUGUCUGCUCAGCUGGGAAUUUUCGCGGCUGCUGUGCGAGCGAUCCUUGCUCUUCGGGGAUCUGCUUUGACGAUAACGUGAGCCUUUUGCAUUUGACGAGUGCAGCGAGUUCUACGACGUCUACAACAUCAAGCAAGAGCACAAGCACGACCACCGGUAUAACUACGAGCACUGUCUCUGCUCUACCUUCCACGACGGACUCACAUACUUCUUCUUCAACGUCAGUCUCUUCUAAUGAUACCUCUGCCCCAGCAGCCACCACUAGCACGGAAUCUUCGACUGCUACUUCGACUGCUACGGCUACAUCUUCAGUAGCUGCGGCGGCGUCGACCGGUACUCAUUCGCCCAGCAAAGGACCCAUCAUCGGUGGAGUAGUCGCAGCGAUCGCCGCCCUGAUACUCAUUAUCCUGCUCUUUUGGCUGUGCAGGCGACGGAGAAAGAUACUUGGAAAAUCAUAUACAUUCCACCUGCGGCGGUCUCCAUCGACCAAGUCCUUGCAUAAUCGUGAAAUGGCCUCUGUCUCCAAGACAGAGCUGUCACUUUUAGAGACGAAUUCGGUUAAACUGCCAAAUGAGUCUCCUCAUAACAGCCAAACAACUUCACCACCAUCCAACCCGAACCCAAACUCCAAUCUCUCAACUCCCGGCUCAACUACAGCCCUAAGUCUGAAUGUCUCAAACUUCUCACCCGACCCAUCGGAAUUCUCAACUCUCAGCUCGGGAGUCCUCACUACUUCAUCAGGCGGCUUCGUCCGACUCCCACCCCUACGAAUGCCAUCGCCACUCCCAAUACCAACACCACCCAACGAAAUACCAGCACCUAUCCCCAAAACCGAAUCCCAAGCCGCCGAACUCUCAGACACGGGCUUCUACAGACAACGCGCCGAACUAGCAGCCCAUUCACAAAGCGAACUUAUAAACAUCCCUCCCGAAAGAAGACGGCGCAAUAAAAGUACCCUCGCACAGGCCCAUACUGCUGGUCACUCAUGGGAGUCUUCACCUUCGUCGAGUAAUAGCAGUGGUAGCAGCGAGUCGAGCCCCCGAUCAGCGGUUGACAAGAACGGCAGCUCGACACUUAUUACUCGAGCUACUGCCCGGAGAGUUGUUACUAGAGACGGCGUCGUCAUGGGUGCGAAUCUAGAUCGAUACUCGACGAUUAGGGAUCCUGAGCGUGGGGGAAAGGAAAAGGGGGAAAAGAGUGAUUCUGGGCAAGACCAUGUUAUGAGUUUUAUGACUUUUGGUGGGAGUGAGGUUGAGAUGGUGCAGAGGGUGCCUAGUUCUGGGCAGGUGAAUGGGUUAGUGGGUAAUGCUGGAGAAAAUGUAAAUGCGCAGAGGCUGGUGUCUGGGAAUGUUCUUCAGGAUGUUGGUGCUUCGCCGAUUCGGGAGGCUCCGCCUGCUUAUGAUGCUGGGGGUGUGUCGCCGAAGCAGGAUGAAAAAUCUCCGUCGGGGACGAUUGGAUUGGGUAUUAAUAGGAGGGGGUGA